CAAUCAGACCUAACUUCACCCGGGGGUGUCUGGAAUCCCCAAAAUCAUGAUCACUCGAGAACAAAGGCAUUUCCAGUCCUUUUCUAUGUAUAGUCACUGGUGUACGCAUUCGCUAGAGGUUGGUCACGGGCGUACAAUGUCAGUAAUUGCCUCAAAACCAUGCCACGAGGAAGAAAAUUCGAAAUUGACGGAGGAGGAUGAUUGGAGAAUGCAGAUGGCAUUCUGCAAGCUUAGGCAUACAGCGUCGAUCGAAGGUGUAAAUUGUAUUACACAAACAUGGAGAAUGAAAGAAAGGAUGAAAACCGUGAGCGUGGCUCUAGUUUUAUGUUUAAAUGUUGGCGUCGAUCCACCUGACAUUGUCAAGACACAACCAUGUGCGCGCCUCGAAUGUUGGAUCGAUCCUUUAUCAGUCAGUCCACAGAAAGCUUUAGAAACUAUAGGAUCUAAUUUACAAAAACAGUAUGAGAGAUGGCAGCCAAGAGCUCGUUAUAAACAAAGUUUAGAUCCUACAGUGGAGGAGGUAAAAAAAUUAUGCACCUCUUUAAGGAGAAAUGCAAAAGAAGAAAGAGUUUUGUUUCAUUAUAAUGGUCAUGGUGUUCCUAAGCCUACUAGUAAUGGUGAAAUAUGGGUAUUUAAUAGGACAUAUACACAAUAUAUUCCUUUGUCUGUAUAUGAUUUGCAAACAUGGAUGGGUGCACCUAGCAUCUAUGUAUAUGAUUGUUCUAAUGCAGGUAUUAUAGUGGAGUCUUUUCAACAAUUUGCAGAUCAACAUGAAAAGGAAUAUGAGAUGGAAAAACAAGCAGUUCAACAGAAUCGUGCGACUGGAGUGGUUGGUGCAACGGCACCGUCUUAUAAAAAUUGUAUUCAGUUGGCAGCGUGCGCAGCUAAUCAGAUUUUACCUAUGAAUCCAGAUCUACCGGCGGAUAUAUUUACGUCGUGUCUUACAACUCCAAUUAAGAUUGCGUUACGAUGGUUUGUGAUGCAAAAUACAUCCAAACUGGUACCAAAAAUUUCACUAGAUUUAAUAGACAAAAUCCCGGGACAGUUAACCGAUAGAAGAACAAUGUUAGGGGAACUUAAUUGGAUAUUUACAGCAAUUACCGACACAAUUGCAUGGAACACUUUGCCAAGAGAUUUAUUCCAAAGAUUAUUUAGACAAGAUUUAUUAGUCGCUAGUUUGUUUAGAAACUUUUUACUUGCUGAAAGGAUACUUCGUUCGUACGACUGUACCCCUGUUUCGUGUCCAAAAUUACCACCUACUUAUCAGCAUCCUAUGUGGCAAGCAUGGGAUUUGGCACUUGAUCUCUGUUUAGCGCAAUUACCAUCUAUUCUUGAAAACGAAGAUCAAUUUGCGCAUUCGCCGUUCUUUGAAGAGCAGCUUACAGCCUUUCAAGUAUGGCUUACGUUAGGUUCUAAAAAUCGUAACCCUCCAGAACAGCUGCCAAUAGUACUUCAAGUAUUGCUAAGUCAAGUUCAUAGAUUAAGAGCGUUAGAAUUAUUAGGAUGUUUCCUUGAUCUUGGUCCAUGGGCGGUGAACUUGGCUCUCAGCGUGGGCAUUUUCCCGUACGUUUUAAAAUUGCUUCAAAGCAACGCUAGAGAAUUACGCCCGUUACUUGUUUUUAUUUGGGCAAAAAUUCUUGCUGUUGACAGUACGUGCCAAGCAGAUCUUGUAAGAGAUGGCGGACACAAAUAUUUCUUAUCUGUUCUUCAGGAUACUUCCAUACCGAGCGAACAAAGAACAUUGGCGGCAUUUGUUCUAGCCAGUAUUGUAAAUGAUUAUAGACCAGGUCAGAUAGCUGCAAAUCAUGGUAGUCUCGUUUCAAUUUGUUUGGAACAACUUGGGGAUUCGAACGCUUUAUUAAGACAGUGGUUGUGUUUAUGUCUUGCGAGACUUUGGCACAAUUAUGAUAAAGCAAGGUGGUGCGGAGUCAGAGAUAUUGCUCACGAGAAACUAUUCACGUUAUUACAAGAUCCAGUUCCCGAGGUUCGAGCAGCUAGCGUUUACGCUUUGGGCACAUUUAUAAACAGCGUAACAACCCGCAGCGAACAUGCAAAUAACAUUGAUCAAAUUAUCGCGAUGACACUAAUUAAUACUGUCUCGCAUGAUAUGAGUCCUUUAGUUAGAAAAGAAUUAGUAGUAGCGCUUCAAUGGAUGGUUUUGCAUUUUGAAAAUUCAUUCGUUACUUUAGCUUUGGCUGAAGAAAAUAGUCGAAAAGAUCUUGUAGUGGAAACAUUAUCUCCGUUUAGUGGAAUGAGACGUAUUAGUUCUAGAGACAGAUUAAAAAUGCUUUCUCCUAACAACGCGUACAGUGCAGACAGUACGGACGGAUUCAGCCAGGAUCGCAUCAAGAGAGUCUCAUCCUCGUCGUCCAUUAGUAGUUUAGGAAAUAAUUGGGAGUUCGUGAGGAAACCUUGCGAGUCACUUGGACACAGUUCUCUUGGAAAUCUACCAAGUCUUUCUUAUGGUAGCAUAUAUAUGAAAUUGUGGCAUGGAUUAUGCAAUCUUGACAGCGAUCCUCAUCCUGCUGUUGCUGCCAUGUCUCAGAAGGUCACCAAUCAUAUUCGUAAUCAGGUCAAGGAAUCAUCAGCCCCUAAAGAAGUAAUUGAAACUAAAAUAUCUUCAUCGUUAUCUCUUCCACCGUCUCCAUCAAAUCGCACUACAUAUUUAAGCAACAGCAAAGGAGAAUCACCGCCUACGGUAAACUCUGGAUCAGAUUUAUUACGUUCGUCGAGAAUACCAUCGCAUAGUAAUCGUUCAAGAAAACCGAUUCCUAAUACUAUAUCAGAAGAAGCUGACGAAGUAGCUGGAAUCAAAACUCCAUUGAUAACUUCGCAAUUUGUCGAGUGGAGUUGCGCUCAAUUUGCUCAGCCUUCGGUUAGUUUAGAAAGCGAAAUAGAAUCACUGAGUGAUUUGGAAAGUAGAAUUCAUUAUGAAAGAGAAUGGCGAUAUCUAAGGAAUAAAAAGCAAAGACGCGAAGCAAGAGAAGAACAAUUGCGAGCGGUACAAAGUAAAGUAGAAUCGCAAGUGUUCCAUGCAAGAUGUCCACAUUCUCCGGAAGUUUUAAUGUUUCACCCUUUCGAACCUCAUUUGGUUGUGGCGUUGAAAGAUUUCUUUGGAGUAUGGGAUUGUCAAACUGGUGCGAAGUUGACUUACUGUGCGAGUCGUGGAAAUAAAAUGUCGCGUAUUACGGCUUUAGAAUUUAUCAACGCUCACGAUGUAAGUUUAUUAAUGACCGGAUCUGAUGAUGGUUCGGUCAGAGUGUGGAAGAAUUACAGCAGUAUGUUAAAUCGUGACCCGGUCUUACUUACCGCUUGGCAAGCGCUAGCUGAUAUACAGCCUACGACAAAAACCUCAACUGCUGGGUUAGUCACAAAAUGGGAACAAAAGUCCCUUACAUUAGCAGUGACAGGUGAUGUUCGGUUUGUUAGACUAUGGGACGCGGAGACUGAAUUGAAAAAGCAAGAUAUACCGACCGGUGCUGAUUGUUGCGCUACGUGUAUUGAUGUUGAUGGCGCAGGUGUAAUGAUGGCACUAGGUUGCGGAGAUGGUUCUGUUCGCUUAUUUGAUAGAAGAUUACCUCCGUUAGAAUCAAGAGUUAUGAUUUGGAGAGAACAUACCGCAUGGGUAUUAAGUACUUCCCUGAGAAAAUUUGAUAGAUCUGCACCACAAUUGUUUACCGGUUCGUCCUCAGGGGACAUUAGGAUAUUUGAUCUUAGAAAAAAUUCGUCUGUAAGCACUGUACAAAUAACACAAGGUAUUACAGCACUGGCAGCGCAUGAAAUGGCUGAUAUCUUUGCUUGCGGGUCAACAAAUCAUUGUAUAAGUAUUUACAAUACUAUGGGUCAUCAUUUAAACACGAUCAAAUUUCACGAAGGAUUCAUGGCUACCCGUAUUAGCCCUGUAAGUUGUUUAAGUUUUCAUCCCUAUCGAGUGAUUCUAGCAGCUGGAUGUGUUGACAGUACUAUUACAGCAUACGCGUCUGAACCACGUAGAUGACUAAUAGAAUUGGAAUUGCAGUAAACUUAUUUGCGUAAAUAUUUGUAGAUUCAUAGUACUUGAUCUUAAAAUAAGCAGUCAGUAAAAAGAAAAACUCUAAGAUUGAAAUAUUUGAGUUCAUUUUAAAAAUCAUGAUAUGAAUUCUUAUAUUAUUAAUUAUUUAUGCCUUUCUACUGCGUUCUCAUUCCUUGUAUAAACGGUAUUCGUUGAUACAGAAAAACUAAUCGCGUAGAUUUGUAAUUAACUCGUGGGAUGAAUUAAUCACAGUCUUUAUGUAUAGACGACCAAAGAAAAGCUCGAUGCAAUUUUAGAAGAAAAAAAAAUGCAGUUGAAAAUUAAUGUUCUUAUAAAUAAUGGUGCAUAAAAUAUGCAAAUGUGAUGCAACGAAUAGGAUAUGGGUGCAUGUAUAAAUCUGUUGAAUAUUUAACAAAGCUUGUACAUAGACACAUGCGCAAGGAAAUAACUUUAAUUAUUGUGCCAUGUAAAAUUAUAUUAAGUAUACAUCUAUUAUAUAUUACUUCAAUUGUAGUGAUCGAAUAUAUAAUUCCUUCUUUUUUUAACACAGUAAUCAGUAAUUUCUUUCAUUAAUUAUUUUUAUCUCCUAACACUCUUUAGGAAGGAAAACUUUAGAAAAGAUAUUUAUAAUUUUAAUUUAUGACAGUGCAAUAAUUCAUAUCUAAUUCAUUAGCUAGAUUAUAAAUAAUAAAUAAAUGAUUCUUAAGGUGGUAACUAAGCUAAGUAUAUUAAUUCUGUAAACAAUCUGCUGUACGUCUAUUUUUAUUUAUAAUUUUCUCAUUGAAUCUUUGGUUACUAUCAUAGGAAUAUCGAAUAUUAGCUAUUUAGCAUUGUAUAGUUACGAUAUCCUACAUGGUAUUAAUAUUAUACUUUAAUGACAAUACUUUGUAAGCUUCUGUUCGUGAAUCAUGAAAAAUAUCGACACUUAAGGUUACAUAAUUUAUGUGAAUGGUAAAAUAAUCAUACACCAUCUGAAAAAUAUUUUGCAAAUAAUUGUACGAUGAUGCGUGUAUGUUGUUACUUUAAUUAUUAAUUAUCAUUAAUCUAGUUAUUUUUUGCUACUUUAAUUACAAGUUAAUCGUCAAUGUACUAAAAGUACAAAUUAAUUCGGUGUCUUUUGCUCAAUUCAAAUUUAAACGUUCUUCCACGCGGGAAUUUUAAUUUGAACGAAGCAAGACCAUCGAUAACAAUGACAUAUAUUUCAAUAAUUAAAAUUACUAUCAUUUUUGUACAAAUAAAUGUUUAAUUUAUCUUUUAAAGCACCAAAUUAAUUUAUACACCUAAUACACAAAAAUGAAGCAAUCACGUUUCAUCUACUUCGUAUAUCAUGUAUCGUAUUAUAUAUUAAUAACAAAGAAAAAUUAAAUUAUAUAAAUAAAUUAUAAACAAGGAAGAAAAUAGGUAUCUAAACGAUGCUAAUGUAAAUACAAUUAUAUAUAGAAUAUUAAAUACAUGCUAGAAGAAUCACCGUAAACAGAUACAUUGAUAGAUUUAUUCCCUCAAAUUAUGUGGAGUGUCACUGAUAUAGUGGUAUACGCCAAAAAAAUGUCAUUCCAGUGUUAAAUUAAUUUGUAAUAUUUAAUUAAACUAACCGGUCUUCUCCCCUCUACCUCUACGUUAUCCAGCGCAUGCGCAAUCUAGCGGUAAAGUGUGGAACCCAGUGCUGUAUUAAAGUUCAGUACCACAUUAUUAGAUGGCGAUGACAGUAAUUUUUACUAACCUAUAAAAAUGAUUAUUUUAAACAUCAAAAUACUUUGCCGACUUGAGGAGAUUUUUAAAUAGAUAAUGCAAAUUGUUACUAAUACUUUAUAUUCAUAUUGACUGAAAGUCUUGAAUUAUCUGAUUUCUAACGAUCCAUUAUCAAUAAUAAUGACAGAAUCUAAUC